AUGCCCCUGCAAUACUGUUCUGACGAUGAUUACAAUGACAUUGACUCUAACCUAAGGAUUAGGGAAAUGUUGUGUGUUUACUAUGUGCAGAGCGUACCAAAACACCUAAACGAUGCCAGUAAUAAGUGUUUGGCCGACAACAACAAUGCCAUUGUUAAAUGCCAGAUAGAGAGUAUACCCAAAGAUAUAUCACCUUAUAGUAUCAAAGAAUACUCGUGUUGUGGAUCAUAUACGGCACUCAGUUGCGCUAGAAAUAUUGCCAAGAAAAAAUGCACAGCAAAGGAUUACGACCAAGUGUACGAGGUGAUCAGACAGACCAGGAACAAUAUUUACAGCACGUGCAAAGACUAUCAGCGAUGUAACCGAUCAACUACUUUAGGAUUUAGUAUACCUUUAAUAGCCAUCAUGUUUUUGGUAAUCUAG